UUUCCCAGAGUGCUCCGCGCCGUGAAGAAGCGGCUCCCGGGGACUGGGGGCAUUUUGUGUUGGCUGGAGCUGAAGUAACAAGAUGGCGGCAUCAGCGGAGUGACGGGUUCCCUCCGGGCCGGAGCCGGCGGCAGUGGUGGCAGCGGUACCGCCGCCCUAAUUCACCGCGCCCCUUCCCAAGCCCGCAACGUCGCCGCGAACGCGAAACAGCGGCGGCCGCCCAAAUAUCAAGUGGCCGAGCUUCAGCAGCCGCGACCACCCUUCACUAACUGCGGCCUGGCCCUCAGCAAGCGGCCGCGAUCCGGCUUCUCUCAGCCGCCUUUGCGCCCUGUAACGCCAACAAAGCCUUGGUUUUAGGUUGCCUGCCGCGCUCUUCAGUUCUGCCGGGUGGAACAGCCCCGGAGGCUUCCAUCCUCCUCUAGAGGUGCCGGGGCUUGGCCCCCGCCUCCAUCUUCGCGUCUCAGGAUGGCGAGCAGCAGCGGCUCCAAGGCCGAAUUUAUCGUCGGUGGGAAAUACAAGUUGGUGCGGAAGAUCGGAUCUGGCUCCUUCGGGGACAUUUAUCUAGCGAUCAACAUCACCAAUGGCGAGGAAGUGGCAGUGAAACUAGAAUCCCAGAAGGCCAGGCAUCCCCAGUUGCUGUACGAAAGCAAACUGUAUAAGAUUCUUCAAGGCGGGGUUGGCAUCCCUCACAUACGGUGGUAUGGGCAAGAAAAAGACUAUAAUGUGCUAGUCAUGGAUCUUCUGGGACCCAGCCUUGAAGACCUCUUCAAUUUCUGUUCAAGAAGGUUCACUAUGAAGACUGUACUUAUGUUAGCUGACCAGAUGAUCAGUAGAAUUGAAUAUGUGCAUACAAAGAAUUUUAUACACAGAGACAUUAAACCAGAUAACUUCCUAAUGGGUAUUGGGCGUCACUGUAAUAAGUGUUUAGAAUCUCCAGUGGGGAAGAGGAAAAGAAGCAUGACUGUUAGUCCUUCUCAGGACCCAUCUUUCUCAGGAUUAAACCAGUUAUUCCUUAUUGAUUUUGGUUUGGCCAAAAAGUACAGAGACAACAGGACAAGGCAACACAUACCAUACAGAGAAGACAAAAACCUCACUGGCACUGCCCGCUACGCCAGCAUCAACGCACAUCUCGGUAUUGAGCAGAGUCGCCGAGAUGACAUGGAAUCUUUAGGAUAUGUUUUGAUGUAUUUUAAUAGAACCAGUCUGCCAUGGCAAGGACUAAAGGCUGCAACAAAGAAACAAAAAUAUGAAAAGAUUAGUGAAAAGAAGAUGUCCACUCCUGUUGAAGUUUUGUGUAAGGGGUUUCCUGCAGAAUUUGCCAUGUACUUAAAUUACUGCCGCGGGUUGCGCUUUGAGGAAGCUCCGGAUUACAUGUAUCUGAGGCAGCUAUUCCGCAUCCUUUUCAGGACCCUGAACCACCAGUAUGACUACACAUUUGAUUGGACGAUGUUAAAGCAGAAAGCAGCCCAGCAGGCAGCCUCUUCCAGUGGGCAGGGUCAGCAGGCCCAAACCCCCACAGGCAAGCAAACUGACAAAACCAAGAGUAACAUGAAAGGUUUCUAAGCAUGAAUUGAGGAAGAGAAGCAGCAGAGCAGAUGGUUGGAGCAGCAUUUGUUUCUCCCCAAAUCUAGACAUUUUUAGUUCAUAUGUACACUAGCCAGUGGUUGUGGACAACCAUUUACUUGGUGUAAAGAACUUAAUUUCAGUAUAAACUGGCUCUGGGUAGCACUGCUGAUCCUGAGCUGUAGCCGCUGUACUUGUGAAUAUUAACUGAGGUAGUAAAAUAUGGUGUCCGGUUUUCUAUUGCAUUUUUUUUUUUCAAGUGGAAAAGUUAACUAAAUGGUUGACACACGAAUUGGUGGAGAAAUUGUGCAUAUGCCAAUUUUUUUUUUGUUAAAAUCUUUUAUUUUGAACUAUACUGCUUUGAGAUCUCAUUUCAGAAGAACGGCAUGAACAGUCUUCAGCCACAGUUGUGAUGGUUGUAAAUGUUCACAAUUGUGUGUUCUUAGGGUUUUCCAUCCAUGGGGUUUGCAAGUUGUUAACUUAAAACAUUCUUUAAAUGGCUGGCUUCUUGUUUGCAAGCCAGCUGAUAUGGUAGCAACCAAAGAUUCCAGUGUUUGAGCAUUUGAAAGACUCUGCCUGCUUACCUGUGCUAGAAAUAACAGCAUCUAAAGUGAAGACUUAAGAAAAAAACCAUAGCGACUACUAGAUUAUCUUUAGGACUCUGCAUUAACUCUAUAAUGUUCUUGCUAUUAAAAAAAAAAGAAAAAGCAUAUUUGUCACGGAAAUUUAGUUGCCGUCUUACAACUGAACAUGUAUGUGUGUUGCUUAGAUAAAUGUAAUCACUGUAAACAUCUAUAUGAUCUGGGAUUCUGUUUUUAUUUUGAAAUGGGAGCUUUUUGUUUACAAGUUCAUUAAAAACUAAAAACUGUUUCUGUAAGGAAGUGAAAUUUUUUAAACAACAAUGCCUUGCUGACUCACUAUGAAGUGUGUGUUUGUGUGUAUAUGUGUGUGUGCAUAUAUAUAGACAUACACACAUAUACAUAUAUCCAUCCCCAGUUUUUUGUUUUGUUUUAUAUAUUUUGAGAAAGAGUCUCGUUUUGUAGCUCUAGCUGGCCUGGAACUUACUAUAAAAACCAGGCUGGCCUAGAACUCAGAGAUCCUCCUGCCUCUACCUAUCUAAAAUGCUGGGACUGAAAACAUGAGCCACCAUGCCCAGCUUUCCCUAAUUUUUGAUAGACUACUUCAAGCCAUUUGUUAUAUGAUAUUUUUUUUUGUCUCGAUCUAAAAGAAAGGCAUUCUUUUACUUUUUGUUAGUUUAUAACUUGCAGCCACACUACCCCUGUGUGUACAGCUGCGGGAACUUUGGCAUUGACUUCUGUCACCACUGACUAGCAGAUGAACUGAUGACAGUGAAAGUGUUAAAGGGUUUAACUAUAGUACAAAAUAUUUUUCUUAAAUCCUGUGAAAUGGGUGUAAGAGUGUCACACAGUGUGAAGUUAGUGAUUUUCAACCCUCAGGCCCCACCUCUCCAGGUACCUGUGCACGCUUCCCCCAGUCUUUCUUGGUCACUCUUCAGUUUUUUCUCUGAUCCAAGAAAAAGGAAAACUUACAGUAAUUCUUUAAAUGGUGUAAUUUAUUCAUUUACAGCAUGUCAAGAUAAAAGAACAUUUGUCUGAAAAUGCUGCCAAGAGCCUGUCGUGUAACUCUAGGUGUUUUCUAUAAUAAUCUUGAAUUGUAAAUUGACCCGUGUUUGGUAGGAUUGUGUCAGAAUUGAUUUGUAUGGUUUUUCUUUUUAUUUUGAACAGCAAUAAUUAAUUACAUGAUUGCCACAUUCUGUCACCAAGAGAUGUGUUAUUACCAUAAAACUGAAAUAUUAGGUGGAUCUGAUUGUGGGGUGGCAGCUUCGUGUUUCUUUUCUAACCAUGCUUUUCAGUUAAGGUAUUUGUUUCUUGACUAAUAAACCCUUUGAUACUUUUAGCCGGAAAUCAGUCUCACAAAGCUAUUUUUGAGUAUAGUUUGUGUAAAAUAAAACUGUUCAGCUUUGGUAAUAGCUUUCCAAGCUGAACCCCCUCUCUAGCAAGAUAUUUUUCAGUGCUUUUAUUUACUAUGCACUUAGACUAUGCACUUUUUCUGAAAUAUUUUUGUAACACUUUUUUGUAUUUUUGCCAUUUGAAAAGGUUGUGGUGUUGUUGGUGUGUCAUUUAAGUUGCAGGUUUAAAACUGCUGUUAGCUUUGUGAAUCAGAAUCUAGAAAUGUUCCUGUCCUGGUAUAUUGUCAUCCCAUCUGCAGCUGGAGCUGGAAUCCAUUGAUCUUCUAGCUACCAUUCAUUUUCUUCACAGUUCACAAAGAAGAGCGUGAAAUUCAGUGAACACAGUUACUAAUCCUGUCUGGAAAUGAAUCUCAUUUCACCAAAUCAAUUCUGUUUUUCCACUAAAAUGAUGGUGUAUGUUGAAGACAUCACUUUGAGAUCAGAAGACCUCACCACUAAAGGCUCCACAGUGGCUGGCUCAGCUGAACUUUAGGUUACUACUCUUUAUUCACCUGUUGGGUGAUGCAGCUUUUUAACUGUUGGGAGAUGGCCAUUCUAACUACUGUUGAAUGUCUCUGUUUUGGGAAGGUAAAAUAAGAAAAUAAAAAAAGAAUCUAUAUGAAGGGAGAGGCUGCUUGUCUCUCCCGUGUGGCUGUGCAUAUGCUCUUAUGACCCACAAGUGGACAUAGAAGGCUUGCCUUUGCUGUGAUUUCCUCUCUGCUUUAAGUCUCUAUCAUACUGUAAAUAUUUCAGAGUGUACUGUAACACGAGAUGAAUUGUUAAAAAUCAUGAACCACAGAGAUGGUGGUGUAGUCUAAGCCAGUAGGCUGUUUUCCCUGGAAAUUGCUGGGAUAAUAAAGAAUAGUUUAUUGUAACUCAA